AUUCCAGCCGCUUCACACUAAUAACAUUAAUAAUAAUUAUAAUCACUUCUGUCAACAACUGACGGUAAAACUAAAGGAAUUUAGAAACUUUUCUUAAUGAAAGACAAACAUGAAAGUUACACGAAGAAAAACCACAAACCAAAAGAAAAGAAGUAAAAAAAUACUAACAAGGAGCAGAUAAGCAGCUAACACUGACCACCAUAUAUGUGUGUGUGUGUAUAAAUUAUGUACAUAUAUACACAGAGAGAUUGAUAGAUACAUAAAGAGUACCGAUGGAUAUAUAAAUGACAACUAAAGAUAUAUCAAAACAGUAAUAGAUAUAUAUAAGAAUGUUUGUUUUCUACAGACAGUGUUUAUUGAGACAAAAAGUAGAAGUUGAUGAAUAAAGUUUAUCAUGUUUUGAACAUGUCACCGUCCCGGCGUCAGCUGCAGGCACCAUCGGCUGUUUGAAUCUCUGUACUCUGAAUUAAAUAGUGCACUAAAUAGGGAAUAACAAACGAGAUUUCGGACACCAUGUUUCUCCCCCAGAAAUACACGGCUGCGUUGUGGUAUACAGAAGUUGAAUGUAGUGUACAUCGUAUGUACACGCAGAUUUGCUGUGCGUUGUGGGUAUUUUAUAGUGCACUAUAUAGUGGAUGAAAUUAACCGCUGAGAAUUCGAACACUACUACAAAAUGGCGAACACACUAUAUAGUGCACUAUAUCCGUGACGGGUAGGUUUCGAACACAGCUCAUGUGAACAUUGUGUCGUUUGUCGUCACGGUUACAAGGAGCGGACCGUAACGUCACUUCGAUAAAUAAAACUCCUCGUAGUCCUGAACGGCGUUCCAACAGUCCCGCUCUCCCCUACUCUCACGCCGACUGAAUGACGUCAACAGAUCUGUUCACUUCCGGUCCGGCAGGUGGCGCCAUGACCGCCGAAAAACACCUGAAGAAGAAAAAUUAGAAGCUGUCAGAGCGGAAGUCCACGUCAGUGCAGACAGUCCGUGUCCGGUACCGGAGCCUCCCUUGCCGUCAGCACCGGAGCCGUUCUCCCUUUUUCUUCUUCUUCUUCUUUGGUGUCGCACCUGGCGGAUGGCGGACGAGGCCACGCGCAGUACCGUGUCGCAGAUCCCGCUGCUGACGGUGCAUGCGGGUCCCCGGGACCGCGCGCUGUGGCCCCAGCGGCUGAAGGAGGAGUACCGCGCACUCAUCCGGUUCGUGGAGCAGAACAAGGCGGCGGACAACGACUGGUUCCGCCUCGAGAGCAACACGGAGGGCACGCGCUGGACCGGCACGUGCUGGUUCAUCCACGAGCUGCUGCGCUACGAGUUCCGCGUGGAGUUUGACAUCCCGGUGACGUACCCGGACACCGCGCCCGAGGUGGCGGUCCCGGAGCUGGACGGGAAGACCGCCAAGAUGUACCGCGGCGGCCGCAUCUGCCUCACCGAGCACUUCGCGCCGCUCUGGGCGCGCAACGCGCCGCGCUUCGGCCUCGCGCACCUCAUGGCGCUCGGGCUCGCGCCCUGGCUGGCCGUGGAGGUCCCAGACCUGAUCCAGAAGGGCCUCGUGGUCCACAGGGAGGGCCAGACAACGGCACCGGCACCGGAGUGACGUCACGGCACCGGCAGACACGCGGAGAACCCGGAACUGUAAAUAUGAUCCUUUCACAAUAAAAGAGUUAAAGAUUUCA